UUUUUUUUUUAAAUUGUCAUUACUUUUUCUGUUAUUUUUUUAGUAGUGUUUUUAUGUUGUUUUAUACAGUUACUUAUUUUUUUUUUUUCUCAGUCAUCCCAAGGUGGUCCCACUCACAAUGGAUCUCAGUCUGAAGAUGCUCUUCGUACUUCAGAAAAUGAGGAUGAUGAAGAUUCCACUUCGGAGGAAGACGAGGAUGAUAAAUUCGACGAUGACAAAGGAGAUGAUCAUCAUGACGAUGAAACUGAUGAUGAUGAUGAUGAUCUGGGUGGAGAUGGUGUUGGUGCUGGUCAGGAUGAGGCUCACACGGGCGAUGUUCGUAACGAUGAGGGUGUUGUUGUCCCCGCGGUUGUUUCGAGGGAUGAUGAUACCGGCAAGGUCGAUGAUGCCAAGAAUUCUGACCCUGUGGAACCUAUUGCAGAGAUCAAACAGCCUGAUCAGUCUCAAGGUGGGGAGGAGAACAUUGAUGUUGAUGCAACAAUUGCAUCUGCUGUUAAAGCUGUGGAGAAUUUGGUUUGUGUUUAUGUUUUUUUUUUUUUAUAUUUGUAUUUAUUUGGUAUUCUAUUGUUGUUUUUAUGGUGUUUUUAUUGUACUGUUUGAAAUUUAAAAAUAAGUCUUUUUAUUUAUCCUUUCUCUUUUUUAGAUUGGUUCCUCAACUCAUGCCCCUGCUCCUGUUGAGACUUCUGAGAAGACUGAUCUUGAAAUGGUUGUUUUUCAAGAGACUCCUAUUUUACGUCCUCAAAAGAGGGAUCGAAAGAAAGGAGCUGUUUUGAAAUCCCCAUUCAUUGAGCUUGCUUCUGGUGCAUCUAAAUCAGGUUCAUCCUCGGUUUCUCCUGAUGAUUCUGUGUAUAAGGUCGUUAAAUAUGUGCGUGGUUUGUGCCCGUUGGACAACAAGAUUGGUGAACCUGUUGAUCCGCAAUUGGAAGCUGAGUUUGUCAAGUGGGUUGAUUCAGGUCUUAGAAAGCAUAAAUCUAACACAACAACUAAUGUGUAUUGUAAGGGUAAGGACACUAUAUUUCCGCCAUUUCGUUUUGGUGUUGAGGACAUCAGCAACAAGAUGUGGUUUCACAACCUUGCCUACCCUAAUUGUUUCCUUACCAAUUCUCACAUUGACAUCAUUUUCUAUUAUCUUCGUAAGAAAAUAAUGUACUCAGCCGAGCCGAAAAUCAAAGUCACCACAACUGAUUGCCUCUUUUGUUCUAGCAUAACAACUUUGUAUGAGAGGUUUGUUGAGAAAAACAACGAUAUAUCGGUGUUGUCUCUUUCUCACAAUGUGGCCCAGUACAUUCAAGGUGGUAAGAUAUUAUGUGCCACUCCUUGGCAUUUGGUUGAUCAUGUUGUUAUGCCUAUCAAUGUAAAAUUACAGGAUCAUUGGAUUUGUGGUCGUCUUAACAUAGUUGACAGGCGCAUAUAUCUGUACAAUUCACUGCGUUCUGGGAGGUAUAUGACUGCUGCCAAAGAGGCUUGCAAGCCUUUCUCUGUUAUUUUACCAUAUUACUUCUCUAUGUUAGACUUCAAAGGCCUUCGCAACGAAACUAAGUUUAGCACUAUGGAACCGUUCCCUAUUGUUGCUGUUGAUGGUUUACCCGAGCAGGUCACAGCGUAAGUUUUAUGUUUAGUGUUCAAUGUUUUUUCACUGGUUGUUUGUAUUUUUAUUUUUUUGUUGUUGACUUUGUUUUUUAUCAGUGUUCUCAUAGUGUCUUUUUUUGUGUUUUAUUGUUUUU